GAAAUAAGAGUUUAAUAUGAGGGACUAAAUUAUUACCUUUGGCCUUCUUCUUCCCCUGUCCAUUCUUUCUUUUAUUCCACGACCAGGUCCUUCUUUCUUGAACUCAAAAUAUCUGAACGGAUGUCGGAGAAUGAAUACAAGAGUAGGACAUAGAUUCCAUCCAACUGAUGAGGAACUUGUCAGCUAUUUCUUAAAACACAAGAUUGACGGACACGAUUUUCUUGUCGACGAUGAUAUUCAUCUCAUUGAUCUUUGCAAGUUCGAUCCAUGGGAUUUGCCUGGUUUUGCAUCUCAGGGAUCAAAUGAUCAAGUGUGGUAUUUCUUUUAUAAAAGGGAGGUCAAGUAUAAAAACGCAGGUAGAACUCGCUACAACAGAUCGACAAAGAGUGGACACUGGAAACCCACCGGAGCUGAGCGUUCCGUCAAGGCGAAACGCAGCACGAAAGUCAUCGGCAUCAAGAGGACUUUGGUUUUCUAUUUGCGUGCCACUCCUAAAGAGGUCAAGACUAAUUGGGUCAUCCAUGAAUAUGAACCUAAAGCAAUUUCUCCUCACCAGGUAGAAUUGGUUCUUUGUAAGUUGAAGGAAAAAUCAGAUGGGAAGACUGAUGCUUCAGACUGUGAUGAAGAUAAAUCAACUCGCAAUGGGGAUUCUGAUUUCGAAAAUAAUCGGAUAGUGAUUCCAGCCUCAGAGGUUGACCAGGAGCUACUUCUGGAAUCUGUACUAACUGGUCGAGAGCAGCAACCAUUUCUCACCGGAGAUGGAGGUAUCUGCAUUGACGAUCUAAUGUUGACUGAUUUUGAUAAUGGCUCUGAUGGAAUGGCGUUUCAGUUCGAGACAGAAGAGGAUCGCUGUGAGAUGGCAGAUUUGUUUCUAAAUUUUGAUGGAUAUCCGACAGAAGAGGACUCUGGACGCAUCCAUCACAAUCAUUCCAGUCCUCGGCAGUCAUUGAGUGGAGUGUAUCUUGAUGAUUUUACUGAUAUGGAUGCUGAAAUUAUCUAUAACAGGUCUUCGCAAUUUGGAACUCCAAACUCGAAUGACAAUCGCAGCACUCUAAAAGAAUACCGCCAGACACAAAGUGUUCAAACACUAACUGAAACUUUACCCCCUUCAAGAUAUGAGCAGAGCGGAAGAGUGAAGAAUCAUGUUAAUCAAGACGAUAUCCUAGUUAUGGAGGCUUCAUCUGUGGACUCGAAUACGUAUAGAACUGAAGAGAUCAAGUGUAUUGGAGUCACCAGCAAAAAGCAUCCCAUUCAAGCGAAACAAAGUUUUCCAAUAUUAGGCAACAUCCAAGCAGACAAGUCAGUAGCUUUCCUCACAGAACAUCCGAUUCAUGUGAAACACAGUUUUCCAAGAUCAGGCAUCAUUCCAGCAGACAAGAGAGUGGAUCCUCGACAAUGUCAGAUUCAGGGAAAAAUUUCAGUCAUAUCAAACCAGAAGGUCGAAGAAGCUAGAAAGCCUGCUAAUGCAGCUAAUCUGCCGCACAAGUCAUCUAAAGAAAGCAUUCCUGUGCAGACUGAAAAAAAUCAGAAAAUGAUUAGUGCUAAAGCAAGUUUGAAGCUAAGAACAACUGAAAUGGAGGAUAACAAAAAGAUGGGAUCUUUCAUUCUCAUGCAGAUAUCUCCUUUAAGUCAAAAGCCAAGUCCACCAUCUGUGUAUGCUGUUAAUAUAUUUAUAGGCCUGCUUUUGUUCAUAGCUGUGAGUAGAGAAAUUUUGAUACUUCAUUGAGUGAUGUUAAACUUAGCAAUGUGUGUGUGUUUGAGUCCUGAGCUGGAGAUGUAAAAGUUUAAGAAAAUUGGGAAUAAAACUCGUAGCAUUCGCCAA